AUGGUCUUGGUGGGCGCCACAGACGCGGCACCUUUGGCGCCCACAAGGUUGCCGAGAUCCGGCAUCGGCCCAUUAUGGGGUAUCCAGGUUAUAUCCAUGUAUUCCAAGGUCUUCGGUUUUAAACUUGAUUCCCCAGAAUACCCUGAGCAGCAACGAGGCUCCCAUCGCUGA